AGGCCGCCCGGGCAGGCAGUCCGCGGGUCGGGAGAGGUGCUGACAGGGCGGGGCCGCCGCUCGGCACUGCCGGCCUCACCCCUCCCGCCCGGGACAGGUGGCUGGAGCGUGCCCCGCCCCCGCCAGCUGCGGGGGGAGCAAGGAGGGCCAGCCAGCCCCGGACGGCUGCCGCCAGCUGCGAGGGAGAGUGAGCGAGGGCCAGUCCGGGACGGCCGGGCGAGGAGUCCGGCGGCAGCAAACGAGUAUCGUGGCGGCCAAAAAAAUGCUUCUGUACCGAGGGGCCCCCGCAGGCCCUGGCGCGCCGGGCAGCGGGCUGGCCCGGCCGAGCGGCGGCCCACAGGCCUUCGGGAUCCGCCUGAGCACGAUGAGCCCCCGCUACCUACAGAGCAACUCCAGCAGCCACACGCGACCCUUCAGUGCCAUCGCGGAGCUGCUAGAUAAUGCUGUAGAUCCAGAUGUAUCUGCCAGGACAGUCUUUAUAGAUGUUGAAGAGAUCAAGAAUAAAUCUUGUUUGACCUUUACUGAUGAUGGAUGUGGGAUGACACCUCAUAAACUACACCGAAUGCUCAGCUUUGGCUUUACAGAUAAAGUAAUAAAGAAGAGCCAGUGUCCCAUCGGCAUCUUUGGUAAUGGUUUCAAGUCAGGUUCCAUGCGGCUAGGAAAGGACGCUCUUGUCUUCACCAAGAAUGGGGGUACGCUCACUGUUGGACUCCUAUCACAGACCUAUCUGGAAUGUGUCCAGGCCCAGGCAGUUAUUGUACCAAUUGUUCCAUUCAACCAGCAAAACAAAAAAAUGAUCAUCACUGAGGACUCCUUGCCCAGCCUAGAAGCCAUCUUGAACUAUUCCAUUUUCAACAGUGAAAAUGACUUGCUGUCCCAGUUUGACGCCAUCCCAGGCAAAAAAGGCACUCGGGUUCUCAUCUGGAACAUCCGCAGAAAUAAAGAUGGAAAAUCUGAGUUGGACUUUGAUACAGAUCAAUAUGACAUCCUGGUAUCAGACUUUGGCACAGAAGAAAAAGAGACUGGUGAUGUUACCUGUGAGCUGCCAGAAACAGAGUAUUCUUUACGGGCAUUUUGUGGUAUUCUGUAUAUGAAGCCACGAAUGAAAAUUUUUCUGCGUCAAAAGAAGGUGACUACUCAGAUGAUUGCCAAGAGCCUGGCUAAUGUAGGAUAUGAUUUAUAUAAACCUACUUUUACUAAUAAGCAAGUGAAAAUAACUUUUGGGUUCUCUUGCAAGAAUUAUAACCAGUUUGGAGUCAUGAUGUAUCAUAACAACCGACUCAUAAAGUCUUUUGAGAAGGUGGGAUGCCAGGUGAAGCCAACUCAUGGAGAAGGUGUGGGAGUAAUUGGAGUCAUCGAGUGCAAUUUCUUAAAACCUGCCUAUAACAAACAAGACUUUGAAUACACCAAGGAGUACCGGUUGACAAUAAAUGCCCUUGCCCAGAAGCUCAAUGCUUAUUGGAAGGAAAAGACAUCUCAAGAAAAUUUUGAGUCUUCAGCCAUAGCCAGGCCAAUACCGAAGAUUCCUGACCAGACAUGGGUACAGUGUGAUGAGUGUCUUAAGUGGAGGAAGCUUCCUGGCAAGGUUGAUCCAUCUACAUUACCUGCAAGAUGGUUUUGUUACUAUAACUCCCAUCCAAAGUACAGGAGAUGCUCUGUUCCAGAGGAACAAGAACUCAUCGAUGAAGACCUAUACUUGAGCAAAGCUAAGAAACAAGAUCAAGCCCUUGAGAGGAAGAAGCUGCUGGUGGACAAUGAGAACCACCAGGUAUUUGUUAAUCCACUGAAGAUCCCUGCUAUUCAAAAUGUGGAUGAAUUGAACAAUAAGACAAUCGGAUAUGAGGGAAUCGAUACUCCUAGCCGGCCUCCAUCUGUUGGAGAAGAGAGCAGGACACCUUCUCUUCAGCUUAAGCCUCUGGACUCCAGUGUUUUUCAGUUUUCCAGCAAGUACAAAUGGAUUCUGGGAGAGGAGCCGGUAGAGAAACGCAGAAGGCUCCAGAAUGAGAUGACAACACCUCCUCUAGAUUAUUCCAUGCCUGGCCCUUACAGGAGGGCUGAGGCAGCUGCCGCCUACCCAGAAGGGGAGAACAGCCACGAGAAAUCCAGUUCGGAGAGAAGCACCCCGCCAUACCUUUCUCCAGAAUACCCAGAAGCAAGCAAGAAUAGCAGUCAGAGCCGGGAGGUUACAGUGCUGUAUUCAGGGGCCCCAGACCACCACCAGGGGUCCCUGCUCCACGAAGAAUUAGAAGACCAGAUGCCCAGGUUGGUAGCAGAAGAGUCUAACAGAGGCAGCACAAACAAGGAGGAGGCACACAAGGGACCUUUUGUAGCUGUGGUCGGCGUCGCCAAAGGCGUCCGAGAUUCGGGGGCUCCCAUCCAGCUGAUCCCCUUCAACAGAGAGGAGCUGGCCGAGAGGAGAAAAGCCGUGGAGUCCUGGAACCCAGCACCCUACUCCUCUGGGGCCUCCGGCGCAGCCCCAGCUACGGCCGCUGGGGGACCAGGCAGAGGCUUCGACGAGAGCGGAGGCCACAGCGCGCCCAAGAUGAAGAACCACAGGGAGCUAGAAGAACUGAAAAGAACCACAGAAAAACUGGAACGUGUUUUGGCCGAGCGGAAUUUGUUCCAGCAAAAGGUGGAGGAGCUGGAACAGGAGAGGAAUCACUGGCAUUCCGAAUUCCAGAAAGUCCAGAGUGAAUUGGUAACCUACACCACCCAGGAGACCGAAGGCUUAUACUGGAGCAAGAAACACAUGGGCUAUCGCCAAGCUGAAUUCCAGAUUCUGAAAGCUGAGCUGGAGAGAACCAAGGAAGAAAAGCAGGAACUGAAAGAGAAACUGAAGGAGACAGAGACACACCUGGAAGUGCUGCAGAAGGCUCAGGUCUCCUACCGGACCCCAGAGGGAGAUGACCUAGAAAGGGCUUUGGCCAAGCUUACGCGGCUGCGUAUCCACGUCAGCUAUCUCCUUACUUCUGUCCUCCCUCACUUGGAGCUUCGUGAGAUCGGGUUUGACUCAGAACAAGUGGAUGGGAUCCUGUAUACGGUGCUGGAGGCAAAUCACAUACUGGAUUGAGCACCGGACUAUAUACUCUAUAUACCCUUCUGUACCCUACCCUGCUCUUUUGUCUUCUCUGGUCUUCUCUUAUCUUCACUUCUUCCUCCCCUCCCUCCCCUUCUCCCCCUCUCUCUCCUUGUGUGUGUGGUCUCUUUCUCCUUCUCACCUUUAUGCCUUAUGUAGAGAAUAUUUGAGUAAAUCCUGGCUCUUACUCAGUCUGCUUCUUAUUCAGUUUUCGUGUGGAGAAAGAGGCUAGUUUCAUAGGCUUUCAGGAGUUCCAGGAACAGAAAAGCAAUAGUCACCAAGCCAGGUGACCUGAAAGCUUUAAUUUUCAUGACGUAGAUACUUGACCUGUUUCAUAUCCUUUCUGAAAUGGUUUGUAUGCACUUAGGUUCAAUCAGUCAGCAAAUACUGUGUCCAAUGGAGUAGGUGUUGGGAGAUAAAUUAAGAAGUAUAAUUCAUGGUUUCAGCCUUCAAGAAUCUGAACAACCUAGUUGGAAACACAGGACACAUACCACAUUAACUAACUGGUACAAGUGAGUGGUACAGACAUGGUAGGGAGGUUCUGGGGGAGGAAGGUGAAGGAAGGCUUCACAUCAGAAAUGGGACCUAAACUUAGAUUUGUUUUAAGAACAAGCAUGACCAUGCUGGCAACAGUGGCAACAAUGGUGGUUCUUUAGAUGAUAGGACUAUGGUUGAUAUUUUUUUCUUCUUGCUAUCUUCCUGCCUUUUUCAAAUUUUCUAUAAUAAACCCAUUAUUCGUCUUACAUUGGAAAAAAAUAAAUUGUUUUUAAAAAGAA